UUAUCUGUACUUACUUGAACUUCUGUUGCUGUGCACAUAUUGUCUGUGAAGGAACAGAGGGAUCCUCAUCACUGCAUUGAUCUACCAACAUGUGCGGCCUUUCAAAGAAGCAUAUCUCCAUUGCCACUUCCUUAGUGUUGGGAGUUCUUGUCUUGGUGGGUUAUUUUUGGUUUUCUGAAGACCUGACCGGCUACAAACCCAUCCUCCCUCAAGAAGAUGAGAAUAAGUCUGUCAUUCAACCAAAGCCAGAACAUGAAAUUACUGCUAAUAAUUACUCCUGGCCAAAAUGUCAACAAAACACAUCAGCUGCUAUCAUCCCUGGCUUCAGCUCACUUCCUCAUCAUAUACAAGACUUUCUCUACUAUCGCCACUGUCGACAUUUUCCCAUGAUACUGGAUGUUCCUGACAAAUGUGGAGGAGCUGAUGGAUCUGCAGAAGUCUUUCUUCUACUGGUCAUUAAAAGCUCUCCUGUGAACUACAACCGUCGAGAGGUGCUGCGUAAAACCUGGGCUAAAGAGAGAUUGCAGAAUGGUGUGUGGAUCCGAAGACUCUUCAUCUCAGGAACCAUGGGUGUUGGUGUAGAGAAAAAGAAACUCAACAAACUCCUCGAACUGGAGCAACGUGAGUACAAUGACGUCCUCCAAUGGGACUUCAAUGACACAUUCUUCAACCUUACUUUGAAGCAAGUCCUCUUCCUGGAAUGGAUGGACAGAAACUGUCCAAACGUUCGCUUCCUGAUGAACAGUGAAGAUGAUGUUUUUGCCAACACAGACAAAAUGGUUGCAUAUCUAAAAUCCCUGAAGGACAAUGAUGGAAGCAAACACCUCUUUACUGGCUAUCUGAUUGAGAAUAGGGGACCACAUCGAAUACCAGAUAACAAGCAUUAUGUUCCAGUUCAGGUUCAAGAGACAGACACAUACCCUCCUUAUUUAGGUGGUGGAGGCUUCCUGUUGUCAGGCUACUCUGCUACGGUCAUGUACAAAAUGUCCCACUCCAUCAUGCUUCAUCCCAUUGAUAAUGUCUACAUGGCAAUGUGCCUCGAGAAAGCAGAACUUCGUCCUACAUGCCACACAGGGGUUAAGAUAGCAGGACAACGCAAGUCCCGACAAUAUUGAUCCAUGAGAAGCUUGUUAGUUUAAAUCACAGGCUCAGCUAUUAAACUACAACUUCCCCAAAACUCUGUGCUUAAGGGGGACAUUGAAAUAAAUGCCACUGUAUGUAUAAAUCAUCAACUAUCUGUUUAAUGAUCGUGUGACUCAAAGUGUAACUGUGGUGAUUGUGAUGAAUUGGUUGUGGUGUCAUGUAUUUGAAAAGGAUUAUAUAUUCUGGGAAGUUAUAGUGCUACAGGGUUUUUAUGUUUAAAGUCUUUAUCAUUAUCAGUAUGGCACACAUUAUUGUUUUUGGGAACAGAAGGCUCAGCUGGGUGAGGUGGGAAUACCUUUAAUGUUUUACUGCAAAAUGUUGCGUGUAUAUUUGUAAAAUGCUUAUAAAAUACUGCGGAACAAUCGUGUAGCUAGCAUAGGGUCCAAUGCUAGAGCCGUCUGGUGAUCGAAUCUUACAUUAGAGAACUAAUAUCUUCUGAAAGUAAUUGUACUCUAAGGAUUAUAGUGAGGUGCUGAUUACUGGUUUUUGUAAUGUACCUCUAUUGGAUACAUCAAUAAAUGUUUUCAGCUCACGUUUAA